AUGGACGCAACAUAUAAAACCAAUAAAAUGCGUUAUCCAUUGUAUACGUUACUAAUAGAAGAUAGCAAUGGAUUGGGACAACCUGUUGGAUUUGCUGUCUUGUCUAAAGAAGACCAAGCUCAUUUAGAAAAAUUUCUCGAGUUAUUUUCUGAGCUUAACGAUACAACAGGUGUUAAUUGUUUUGUUGUUGAUAAGGAUUUAGCUGAAAUUAAUGAUAUCAAAAAAGUUUUUCCGAAUAUUCAUAUUAACAUUUGCUAUUUUCAUGUCUUAAAGGCUGCCGAUAAGUAUCUUUUAAGUCUUAACGGAGAACUCGAAAAAAAGUCUUGUAUUAAACAAUUUGAAACUUUAUUAACGUCUAAAUCGUGUAACAACUUCGAUAAUGAACUACUUAAAAUCCAAAAUAUGUCAUUAAAAUUUUACAAUUACAUCUUAGAAAAUUGGGUUCCCUUUAAAAAUAACAUAACUUCAUUUAGCAACUCCAACAUAAUGAACCUUCAGAAUAGGACUAACAAUAGAAUUGAAAGAUUUCAUCAUACACUGAAACGAGUAUUAGGCUCUGCACAGCUGUCAUUAGAUGGUUUAAUAAAGAAUCUCCUGGCCAUAAUGGAUGUUCGAACAUAUGAAACUCAUCACCGUCAGUUUGAUAUGAAUAUGAAAACUGCAAUUAUACCCCAACCAAAUGUUGUUGAGUAUUACUAA